AAAAUAAAAAAAAAAACUCAAUGAGUUCUCAUUGAAGUUUUAGCCGGUUUGUGAGGUUCAUUCGGCCAAUUGUUUGUCUCGUUUGUCGUCAAAGCAAGAACAGCUCUCUUUCAAAGUGUUUUCUCUGAUAAGAAACAAGUCAGUCUCCCUCCUGACUUCAACCAAGCGUACAACAGCAUUGAAAAGAUUCAUGAGCUCCAAGGAUCUGGUUCUCAUAGACAAGCUACAGGUGCAAGGCAUCACAGGUAGGGACUACUGGAAGAGGCCGACGAUUCAGCCUCUGGAAGUUUCUAUUAGCCUGCAAACCGAUUUCAAGGCCUCGAGUGUGUCGGAUGAUUUGAAACACUCUCUGAACUAUGCAGUGAUAUCCAGAAACGUGCUGGAGUUCUUUGAGAAGAACAGAGGCACAAACUUCAAGUCGUUCAUAAACGUUGCCAACAGAGUGUCAGAGGUGGUGCUCGAUGAGAAGAGAGGUGGAGGGAAUGAAUCCAAAGUCGUCAUCAGUGGUAAGAAGACCGAGAUUAAAGCCAAAGAAAUACAGGCAAUCGUCUCAAGAGUAAAGUCCAAUGGUGUUAUCCAGAGGCCAAGCACUACAAACGAUCUCAUCGCUAUCAAAUCGCUCACUGUGCCAACAAUCAUAGGAGUGUUCACUUUUGAAAGACUCCAAAAGCAAUACGUUUCCUUGGACUUGGACAUCUCCAUAUCGCAUUCAGAUGUCGAUGUCUACAGGAUCAUCGAGGACGUUGCCCUAUAUGUGGAGAAUUCGAACUUCAAGACCGUUGAAGCUCUCGUGGAAUGUGUCUCACAUGUUGUGUUACAAUUUGAACACAUCUUACAGGUUGUCACAAGAGUGGAGAAGCCCAAUGCAAUCACCUUUGCCAAUGGUGUUGGUGUUCAGGUCACCAGAACACCAAAGGACUUUGAAGGAGUUCCAAAGAUUGACGUGAAGGAACUUGCUAAACCAUUGGACUAUGAAAACUCCUUCAACUUGCCAACGCAAAGCACUGUCAUAGACACUGAUACUGAGAGCCAACACACCGCAUAUAUUGCCUUUGGUUCCAAUGUGGGCAAUCAAUUACAGAAUAUCAACGAAGCCAUCGUUGCCUUGAACUCCAUUGAAGGUACAGAUGUGUUGGCAACGUCGUCGCUAUACGAAUCUGAACCAAUGUACUUCUUAGACCAACCAAAGUUCAUCAACGGUGUUUUGAAGAUUUCUACAACAUCAUCUCCACACAUGUUACUCAAGCAUUUGAAAAGCAUUGAAUAUGAAACGCUUGGACGUACCAAACUCAAAGAUAACGGCCCGAGAUCUAUCGACCUAGACAUUCUGUUGUACGAUGAUCUCGUGUUGAACGAGCCUGACUUGGUCAUUCCACAUAUGAGAAUGAUUGAAAGAACAUUUGUGUUGCAACCAUUGUGUGAACUUAUUCCACCAGAGCAGAUCCAUCCAGUCACCGCAGAGCCUUACCACAACCAUUUGAAACAGCUCUAUGCUUCAAAAGUUGAUCAAACAAAGCAGAAGUCGAAUGAGUUAUCUGUGCAUGUACCAUUACAGAAUAAGUACUUCACUCGACCAACUCCACGUCAGCUAACCUUUGAUCUGUUAGGACAAUCACACCGUACCUAUCUGAUGGGUAUCCUAAACACAACACCAGACUCUUUCAGUGACGGUGGGGUGAAUGCCGAAUUGGACAUUGCUCUUGAGAAUGCCCUUCAAAUGGUGAAAUCAGGCGUAGAUAUCAUCGAUAUUGGAGGAGUCUCUACCAGACCUGGGUCCAUUGCACCAUCUGCAGAGGAAGAAUGGGAACGUGUUGUUCCAAUUGUCAAGGCCAUUAGAUCACAUCCUGACGAGGACUUGAAAAACGUCAUCAUCAGCAUUGAUACGUAUCGAGCCAGUGUGGCAUCAGAUUCUAUAGAGGCUGGUGCUGAUAUCAUUAACGAUAUUAGUGGUGGAUUGUACGACGAGAAGAUGUUUGACGUUAUUGCUGAAACUGGAGUUCCAUACAUCCUCAGUCAUACAAGGGGGACACCAGAUACCAUGUCAAAGUUGAACCAAUACACUGCGAAUGAUGAUCCUGACUUGGUUGAGUACACCCGUUGUCAAUCAAACUACAACCAUGACGAGGAUAUCCUGUUAAAGGCAGUGGCCAGGGAGCUUUGCGUCCAGUAUGAGAAAGCCAUAGACCGAGGCGUUAAGAGAUGGCAGAUCAUCACCGACCCCGGUAUAGGAUUUGCUAAAGACCUCAAACAGAAUCUCGCAUUGAUCAGAGGUACGCCUUUGAUCAAGUCCUAUUCGAAUUAUAACGAGUCCACUAAACGUUACAACAGUCUGGAUGGGUUACCAAUCUUGGUUGGACCGUCGAGAAAGAAGUUUAUUGGCACUCUCACCAAUGAGAAGAUCCCUGCUGAAAGAGUGCUCACCACAGGUGCUGUCAUCAUGUCAUGUAUUGGCUAUCAGUCCGACAUUGUUCGUGUCCAUGACGUUGAAGAGAUGAAGAAGGUGCUACUGAUUGGAGAUGCCCUGUACAGGGACAUUGUAUGAUAUAGGACCGUGGCAGCAUAAGAUCCCAUAUACAUUACGAUAUCAAUCUACGUCAAAUGCUUCAUAAACCAAUCCGGAAAAGUAAAAUAUAAUUAAGUACAAAGAACAGAAGGUAUAUAUGAACUAGAAUAUAUACUCGGUAGUAAAAUCUCAUA